UGGCAGUCUCCUCCCCUUCCGCACUUCAGCUCCGCACAGUGUGCACUCUGGAAUGACAGGCAUUCCUGUGUGAAGAGAGCCAGCAUGAAGACAUGUUUGUAAGAACCGCAAGUGCCCAGGCCAGGAUACAGGAAAACAAAAACUCUUAGCAAAUUAGCUGACCUCAUGCUAUUUCCUGACAUUUGGCGGUGACAGUGAGCAAGGAUUUCAGCUCUCCUCCUUUUGUGGAUUUAUCCUUUAAGAGAAGUUUGCUUUUGUCCGGGACAGUUUGUUGUCGUGAGAUACAUCAGACAAUAUAAUCAUGGGGCAAGCUGAUGUCUCCAGACCGGUAAAUCCAGAUACAGUUGAAGAAGCAGGCCACCCCAUUGCAGACCCAGGCAUGGUCAUGGACAGCGUGGAAGCAGGUGACACAACGCCUCCCACCAAGAGAAAGAGCAAGUUCUCAGGCUUUGGCAAGAUCUUCAAACCCUGGAAAUGGAGGAAAAAAAAAAGUAGUGAUAAAUUUAAAGAGACAUCAGAAGUUUUAGAGCGAAAAAUAUCUAUGCGAAAACCAAGAGAAGAGCUGGUUAAAAGAGGAGUUUUGUUGGAAGACCCUGAGCAGGGUGGUGAGGACCCAGGAAAGUUGAAUCAUGCUGUAUUGAAGAAUGGCCAUACCACCCCCAUUGGGAAUGCCCGAUCUUCUAGUCCAGUCAUAGUAGAGGAAGAGCCAGUAAGAACAGCAAAUGUUAGGAAUUCUAUUCCAGAAGAAGACUCAAAGAAGCAACUAGAUCAGGUCUUUUAUUACCCAGACUCAACUGGAAGGCAGCCUAAUUCUGAAGCAGAGUCUCUUCCUGAGAAUGUACCCAAACAGCCUCUGUUACCCCCAAAAAGACGCUUGUCCUCUUCUCACGAAGCAAGUGAGGGGCAUGCAAAGGAUGUCACUUCUUCUGGCAGCACAACAAGGCCCAUCUCCACUUCUGCAUCCUCUCCCACCAUAGCACGAGCUGCCACCACUGCUGCCACAAACCUAACAAAGACUGUGAACUCCGUCAUCGCUCCUUCCCCAGCACCCAGGACUCUGCCUGCUGCUCCUAUCAGCACCAACACUACUGCUUCCCCAAACCUUACUCACACCAUCCCUGCCAAACAGCCCCCUAUCCCUCCCCCUAAGCCAGCUCACAGAAAUAGCAACCCUGUUAUUGCUGAACUGUCCCAAGCAAUAAACAGUGGUACAUUAUCAAAACCAUCCCCACCCUUACCACCGAAGAGAGGCAUUCCAACAACCCUGGUACCCACCUCGGAAUCUGCUGCCGCCUUCACCACAAAAACACCAAGUGAUCAAAGAGAGAAGGGCAUGUGCUCUGUGGGCUGUGAACUACUGCCGACGACGAUCCCACCUCCUUCCCCAUCCCCACCGCUGCCUACUCACAGACCUCCCGAACCUCCACGGUCCCCUCCGUUCCCUGCUAAGACUUUGCAAGUUGUGCCACAAGUUGAGUUUCUGCCUUCCUUAGAUCUGCCCCAGGAGGUUCCCCAGCAGGAAGACCAGAAAAAGGAAGUCCCUAAGAGGAUUCUGGACCAGAGCUUUGGGGAGCCCCACAUACCCGCAAGGCUACCCCUGCUCCCUCUACAUGUUCGAAUUCAGCAGGCCCUGACCAGCCCCCUUCCUGUGACUCCUCCCUUGGAGGGCUCUCACAGAGCUCAUUCAUUGCUCUUUGAGAAUAGUGACAGCUUUUACGAGGACAGCGGUACCCUGGGUCGGACCAGGUCACUUCCCAUCACUAUUGAAAUGCUGAAAGUUCCAGACGAUGAAGAAGAGGAGCAAACCUGCCCAGUGGUGUUUGUGGAAGACGUGACAUCUACCUCAGACAUUCCUCAGCUACCGCAGUGUCUGCGGGAGGAACAGGAAGAAAAGGAGAGUGACUCCGAUUCCGAGGGGCCCAUUCAGUACCGAGACGAAGAGGACGAAGACGAGAGCCAUCAAAGUGCCCUGGCCAACAAAGUGAAGAGGAAAGACACACUGGCAAUGAAGUUGAGCCACAGGCCCAGUGAUCCAGAGUUGAACUUCAAUUCUUGGCCUUGUAAAAGCAAGGAGGAGUGGAACGAAAUCCGGCACCAAAUUGGAAACACAUUGAUCCGGCGACUGAGUCAAAGACCCACUCCGGAAGAACUGGAACAACGCAACAUACUGCAACCUAAAAAUGAAGCUGAUCGGCAGGCAGAAAAACGAGAGAUUAAACGUCGGCUCACUAGAAAGCUUAGUCAAAGGCCAACUGUGGCUGAACUCCUUGCCAGGAAGAUUCUGAGAUUUAAUGAAUAUGUGGAGGUAACAGAUGCUCAAGAUUAUGAUCGGCGAGCUGACAAACCUUGGACCAAACUGACCCCGGCUGACAAGGCUGCCAUAAGAAAAGAACUAAAUGAAUUUAAAAGCUCAGAGAUGGAAGUUCAUGAAGACAGCAAACAUUUCACACGCUACCAUCGUCCAUGAUCCUGAAGUUUGAGAGAGGAACUAAGUGACAUCCCCCCCCCAAAAAAAA